AUAUACUUGAAAAGUCCAUGUACAGUCGUGAUCAUUAUUCGAGGUAGAAUGGCGUAUAGUGUCACAGGAGGGUGGACGAGACAUCCGCUAUGCUUUAACGCUUUCGUGGUUCUGAAGUCUACGCCGUUGUCAGUGUUGAUCUGCGUGGUUAAAAAUAUAAUGUUGAAGCAAUGCCAAAAAAUUGAACUCUUUUGAAACGUCCAAGCGGUGUAUGGCAUUCAAUCAAUGUAUGACGAGUGACGAUCUAUGGCAUUCAAUCAAUGACGAGUCUCCGUCAACAUCGCACUGGUUGACGUGCUAAGAGAAUUAAAAUGCAUUGACAAUACGAUCUACGUAAUUGUGUAAUUAAAAAAAUAUAUAAAAAAAUAAACUAUGUUAUCACGGUUUUCGAGUUUAAUUUAUUUUAAAAUGACAGGAACGAGAUUUGAACCCGCGACCGUUGGGAGAAGCUUUGAAAAAGUCAUAAGAGUGACGCUCUACCGUCUGAGCCACUGGCUCAAGUUAUCUCAGCACUAUUUCUUCAAGGUUGAUGAACUUCAAGUCACAGAAAAAAUUUAUAACAAAAAACGUGACUCGCAUAACGUCCGACGCUCGGGUGGCUGGGAUGAGGUUCUGACGCUUUUAAUAUUAGGCGCAACGUUAACAACGUUUCUGUCAUCAUGCAACGUUAACCUGUGCACCAUAAAACUCGUCACACUGCUUGUAUUAUUAACGUGCACUGGAUUCUAAUCUACAUUAUGUAAAUAUAUCGUGAUAAGCCCUUUCCGUACCCACGUUAUCGAAGGUAUAAUUGCAUUGCGCGAAUUGUACCAUUAUCUAUGCCAAACAGUAAUACAGUGCGGAUAUGUACAAUAUAUUAUUUUAUAUAUCCGUUUCUAUUUGGUAUAAAAUAAUAACGAAAUUUAUUUUUGAAGCAGAAACUACUUUUGGAAAUAUUUAAAUUGUAAUAAUUGU